AUGGCGGACGAUCUGGACCGGCUGCUGGACGAGGUGGAGAGGCGGCUGUGCCACCGGCGCGGCGGCGGCGGCGGCCAGGAGCAGCCCGCGGCGGCCAAGGAGGGCAGAUCAGCUAAAGUGUUAAUGAGUGCUGGCAGCAGCAAAGAAGAUCUGGAUGACAUUAUUGAUGAAAUCUGUAAUGACAGCAGCUUUACCAAAACACCUCCGAAAUUGAAGUCUAAUUCUGCAAGUCUCACACCUGAAAGAAAUAGUGUUGUUGUACAGGCACAUGGGAAAAGAUGCUGUCCAGUGUACCUGGGUGGAAGCCUUUCACCAUCUGGGAUAGGAACAAAUAUUUCAAAAAGAGCGUGUGAUCGGCUGCGCUGCACUGCUUGUGACUUCCGCGUGUCGCUUUUCAAUGACUACGUCUGGGAUCAGUCCUGUGAUUAUCUUUUUUUCAGGAAUAACAUGCCUGAGCUCAGUAAACUAAGAGCAAAGAUGAUAAAGAAGAAAGGAGCACGUGCAUAUGCUUGUCAGUGCAGCUGGAGAUCCAUUGAUGAAUUAACUGACCUUCAAACAGAGCAGCAGCUUCGCUGGGUUUGUGGUAAACAUGGAGAAUGAAGUCUUCUUGUGUAGGAUACCUACUUGUGUGGAAGUGGCUCUUAAAAUCAAUUUGUUUCCUAUGCAGUUCUCUGAGAUCAGAUGGAAAAUUGAAUACUUAAAACUAGAAAUAGAUUGUAACACCCAGAUUUCAACCUGAAAACUUCUUUUAAAAUUUAACUGUCUUACAAGCAGUGUGGGGAGUUGAAUUGUUAGGAGAAAUAACCAACUUGGAGGCUUUCUGGAAGCUAAAUGAGGUUAAAGUUCAUACUCAGUAGUGUUAAAGAAAAGAAGGGGAAAUAACAGACCUGGGCAUGGGCAAAGCAUCUUGAGACUCUUCCUCACAUCUAGCAGAGAGCCUUAUUUCCCAUGUCUGCAGAAUCCUGGACUCAAAAUGAUGGUCUGGGAAACAACCAUGACACACAAGCACAUAAACUUCUGCACAGAAGUGAAUCCUGCUCUUCUGCUUUGCUCAUAGUUGUUAAUGAGCAAGUGGUUGUUUGUCUCUUAAAAAAUUACUAUGGGAUCAGCUCUCAUCUUAAAGGUUUCAGCACACCCCAAAACUUUACUUACUUUUACCCACCAGUAGCCAAAAAUGCAGGCGCUGAAUAUUUUCUUCCAGUGUCAACUGCUUUCUUCAGAGCACCUUGUGCUGACUAAGGACUUCUACCACAGUGAAUUUCUUGAACUUCUCUUCAGCCCCCACUGCACAAGAAAUGAAAAAAUUGUUGUGCAAUUAUUAAAUGUGCAAUUUUAAAAUAUUCAGUUUUAAAGAGAUUCUGAAGUCUAUGUUACUCUUUUAUCAGUAUUUUCAAUGGAAAAAGGCUCAAGCUUUUAAGAGUGAGAAAAUAUACAUCCCCACUCCUGUUCAAGUUUAGAUUUUUUUCAGUUUCACUUACCUUUCACUUCAGCUUCUCUUGAAAAAAUUUUGUCUUUAGAUAGUGCAACUGUCCUGUUUCAACACACUCCCCUCAGUAGCAUUGUUUGGUGAGUUGUCUUGCUUACAAUCAUUCAUGAGCUUUUGCUUUUCAUUAUGUAUAAAUAACACAGAAGAUAGAUUUGAGGUUUCUGCAGGGGGAGAGGGAGGAAGGAGUAACCAGUCCUGUCAUUUACUACAUUGAAAAGUGUCUCAAUAUGGGAAGUCUGUCUGUGUUUUUGCUGCAUAGUAUGUGUAUCUGUACAGAUAAAUUCAGAAAUACUUACUUUGGGCAAUUCUGGCUUUACAGAGCCAUUUCCCUUUCUCUGAAGUUGUGCUCAUGGUUCUAAUCUGUAUAUUUGUUCUGUUUCUGAGCCUUUCCAAAACAAUUGUAUGGUCUUACAGAGGUGAUUCCUGUGUCUGUCACCCUUUGGAGGAGCAGAUCUCAGUAGUGAUUGGAGGCAUCAUGCACUCUGCACCCUGCUCACCUUGUCCUUCCAUGGGUGCUUGUUUCAGAGCCUGCAGAGCCCAGCAGUGUGCCUGGGAAGUCUGGCAGUGCUUCCUCAGUGCUCCAGACUGCUCCUUCCAGGGCCCAUGCAGCCUUGCUGGAGAGUCAGGGGUGACUUGGCUUUGGAGAGGUACUACUUGGCUUGAUGGUGUAGACAUAUUUAGGGUCAUGUGUUGUUUUCAGUGAAUUUGGUAUUUUGGGCUGAAGUUUCAACUGCUAGAGUCCAAAACUGCAGUUUCAGGACCAGAGACCAGUUGACUACUGCUCAGUCUCAGCUCCUAAAAGAGCUCUGCUUGUCUUUCUGUCCUUUGUGAAGAUACAACCCUGGGGUGUACACUGUGAGUAUUCCAGGGUGUUUUUCAGGUGGGCCCAGGCAACU